AUGUCUAUAUGCUCUCAGGCGGCUUCUUGGCCUUUACACGGCAAUGUAACACCACAUUUCAAUGGUUUCUUGUCUUUUCCGUAUGCAUCACAACACAUGGUGCAGCAUCCUCAAAUUGGAGGGUUGGUUCCUUGUAGAGUGCCUUUGCCUCACAACAUUCCAGAGAACGAACCAAUUUUCGUCAAUGCAAAACAGUACCAAGCCAUUCUCCGCCGCAGACAGCGCCGUGCAAAGCUUGAAGCUCAGAACAAGCUCAUCAAAGUCCGCAAACCAUACCUUCACGAGUCGCGCCACCUUCAUGCGUUAAAGAGAGCUAGAGGCUCUGGUGGGCGUUUCCUCAACACAAAGAAGCUUCAAGAAUCAAAAUCUUCACAAGCUCCUCCAUUCUUGGAUCCACCGCAUGUCUUCAAGAACUCUCCAGGAAAAUUCCGGCAACGGGACAUUUCAAGGGGUGGGGUCGGGUCUAGUGGCUCGACAACAUCUUGCUCGGACAUAACCGGGAACAACAACGACAUGUUCCAACAAAACCCACAAUUCGGGUUCUCAGGUUAUCCAUCAAACCACCAUGUCUCAGUCCUCAUGUGAGAGGGCUCCGGCAAGUGGUUGAUGAAAUCAUGACGGGAAGUCAUCCUUGGCUAUAUCAUUGAUCCAUUAAGUUUCUGUCUUUUAAAACUGCUUUCGUUCUACAAUCUCUGCUGCAAAAGAAGUUGAAAUCUUUCGACUAUUAUUUUCCAUUAUCUGUUUAUUUUGUUUUAUGUGAUUGUUGCUGAGUUGUUUGAUACUUGAUUUAAGUUUAUUAGCUUCGAUUAAGUGCACCCACAUGGAUUUGUGAUUUAUGUAUGUAAUGUAUAAUUAUUUGUUUGUAGAGCUCACUUUUGUUGCCCUUUA